AUGAACCCACGAAUGAAAGACUUCGAGGUUGACUACCAGCACGAAUACGAUCUCGAGCGCGGUCUACGAACACGGAACCGCCGAAGGCGAGUUCCUGGUAGUUGCAGGGCGUUGCUGCUGUCGGCCUUGAUUGUUGCAGCGACUUUAUUCGGAGGUAUUGUGCUGCUCCGGACGACUUGGACUAAAAGUGCCGGGCCGGAGUGGGCGUGGUCAGUGACAGUGCCGCAAAUUCAGGCGCGGAGUUUAGGGCAUUAG